AGUGGAAAAAGCUUGUAAGUUAGUGAACAGUUUGGGUAGCUGCGCCUGAAGCAGAAACCCCACAAGUGAAGAAGUAUGGCGCUCAGAGCAAAGGCUUUAUACGACUUCGUGUCGGAAAAUCCAGGAGAAAUAUCCGUGGUGGAGAACGAGGUUCUGACUUUAUACAGCGAAGAUGUGGUGGACGGCUGGCUGGAGGGAACGAACAGCCGGGGUGAGUCAGGACUCUUCCCUGCAUCCUACGUGGAGAUCUUAAGGACUGACGACGGAUUUUUAGUUCAAGGCAACGGGACAGCUGGAAGUGUUUAUAACACCAGAUCCCACCAAACAGGGGAGACAUCCAGCCAGUCCACUCCAACUCAUCAUCCUGAUUACUCCCAGCACCCUGCAUAUCCUCCAAGCCAAGGCAGUGACGACGACUGGGACGACGACUGGGACGACCACCCGACCACGACUCACGACCCAGCCGUCCGUCCCCAGUCGCAGCAGCCGUCGCGUUCCAACUCGGUAUGCUCACGCCAGCAGCCCAGGAGCUCGGCCACCGUCGGUAGGAACCUCAACAGAUUUUCUACGUUUGUGAAAUCUGGAGGCGAGGCUUUCGUCUUGGGUGAGGCGUCUGGGCUGGUCAAGGAAUCUGAUCAGAUCUGUGUAGUCAUGGGUCAUUUCGGUCCACAGUGGCAGGAGCACCCGGAUCCUUUCACGUGCACCAUCGACGACCCGACUAAACAGACCAAAUUCAAGGGCAUGAAGAGCUACAUGUCGUACGGCCUGACGCCGAGCCACACGCAAAGACUGGUGAACAGGCGCUACAAGCAUUUCGACUGGCUCUAUGCACGUUUAGUGGAACGGUUCCCUGUGAUCUCGGUGCCCCACCUCCCCGAGAAGCAGGCCACUGGCCGCUUCGAAGAGGACUUCAUUAGCAAGCGCAGGAAGGGUUUAAUCUGGUGGAUGAACCACAUGGCGACCCACCCUGUCCUCUCCAGGUGUGAUGUUUUCCAGCAUUUCCUGACCUGUAGCAGUAGCGAUGAAAAAGCUUGGAAGCAGGGCAAGCGCAAAGCCGAGAAGGAUCACCUAGUUGGCGCCAAUUUCUUUCUAACGAUCGUCCCGCCGCCUGCCCCGCUCGACCUCCAAGAGGUAGAAAGCAAGGUGGAUGGUUUUAAGGUCUUCACCAAGAAAAUGGACGAGAACAUUGUGCAGGUCAACGUGACCAUCGCCGAGUUUGCCAGGAAGCAAAUGACCGGAUUUAAGAAGGAGUAUCACAAAGUAGGGCAGGCCUUUCGAUUGAUCUCUCAGGCCUUCGAAUUGGACCAGCAGGUAUUUUCUGUCAAGCUGAACCAGGCGAUGGCAUUCACCGGGUCGGCCUACGAGACCAUCGGGGACUACUUUGCCGAUCAGCCCCGCCAGGAUUUGGAUCCAGUUUUGGAUCUCUUAGCCAUUUAUCAAGGACAUCUGUCAAAUUUCCCAGACAUCAUCCACGUUCAGAAAGGAGCCUUGACCAAAGCGAAGGAGAGCCAGAAGGAGAAGGACGCUCAGGCUGCGCUCGCCAUCGGUGAACGCUGCAACAUCAUUUCCUGUGCGACGCUGGCCGAAAUCCAGCACUUCCACCGCACACGUGUACGAGACUUCAAAGCUCAGAUGCAGCACUACCUCCAGCAGCAGAUCUCCUUCUACCAGAAGAUCACCGCCAAGCUGGAGGAAGCGCUGCACAUGUACGAUCAGGCAUAACAGGAACAGAUUCUGGGGAUCCACAGUUCAGUGGAAACAGAAAUAAUAUCACAUAUUAAAUAUUGAUAUUUAAGGAUUCUGGAUACGUGGAAAUGACAUCAGCUCAAAUUUUACUGCAAAAACUGUUUACAUGUAUGAUAACCUACUAAACAAUCGGAAUCUCAGACAUCCAGCAGCGCAGACAUACACAUAUAGCAUUGGGCAUUAAAUAAAGAGAAGCUUGGACAAUAAAAGUAUUGAGACACCUACACUUUACACCUACAGGAGCCUUUAUGACAUUCCAUUCUAAAUCCAUAGGCAUUAAACCUUUAAUGGUUUCACCA